AUGGGUAACAACGCCUCAACUCAUACUUCUUCUUAUUCCGCUCGCCGUGUUCCUCCACCUUCGGAGAGCACUGACUCUUUCAACGAGAAGGAGUACCUCCAAAAUGAAGACUUGGUCAACCGUCUUCAAACUCACUUGAACCUUGAUGAUUAUGCCAGAAACCAAGGUCCAUCGACCUUCAAAGACUUGCCUAAUCCAAUUGUUGCGGAAAACAUCAACAGCUGGGAAUCUGAUAUCUUGUCGACUCCAAAGAACUUGUUUGCCAUGAAUGCCUUCACCAAGAACGAACCAAAGAAGUUGUUGACCAAGAGAUCCAGUAACAUCAAGGAUAACGAAAACAUUUUCAACUUGAAGGUGGAUUUCGAAGGGAACCCAGUGACUAACCAAAAAUCCUCUGGUCGUUGUUGGUUGUUUGCCAGUACCAAUAUCUUCCGUAUUCCGGUCCAAAAGAAGUUCAACAUUAGCGACUUCCAAUUAUCCCAACAAUACUUGUUUUUCUACGAUAAGUUGGAAAAAUCCAACCAGUUCUUGACCAAUAUCAUUGACACCGCCGAGGACGAUUUGGACGCCAGAGUGGUUUCCACAUUAUUUGCCGACCCAAUCAGUGACGGCGGUCAAUGGACAAUGGUGGUGAACUUGAUUGAAAAAUACGGGAUUGUUCCAAAUACCGUUUUCCCAGAUGCUUACUCUGCUACCAGCAGUGGUACUUUGAACCUUGUGUUGGUGAACAAAUUGAAGCAAGAUGCUUUGGUGUUGAGAAAGUUAGUCACCAAUAAAAGAACUUCAAAAGAAGAGAUUUUGGAAUUGAAGGAAAAAUACCUCAAAGAGGUUUACAAAGUUUUGACUUUGACUUUGGGAGUGCCACCAAAGGCCGAUGAAUCCUUCAGUUGGGAAUUCGUUGAUAAAUUCGACAAUUUCCACAGGAUUGAUGUUACUCCAGUGGAGUUCUUCAAGAAGUUUGUUGGCUGGGAUUUGAAAAACUAUGUUUCAUUGAUCCAUGACCCAAGAAACGAAUAUUACAAGCUUUAUUCUGUCGACAAGUUGAACAACGUUGUUGGUGGCGAACCAGUAUUAUACAUCAACGUGCCACUUGAUGACAUGAAGGAGGCAGUUAUCAAGAACUUGAAGAACAACCAAGCAGUGUUCUUUGGUUCUGAUGUUGGCAAAUUCUUUUCUGGUGAAGAAGGUAUUUUGGACUUAGAUAACCAUGAUUACGAGCUUGGUUUUGACAUCCAAUUGAAAUUAUCCAAGGCUGAAAGAUUGAGAACUCACACUUCCCAAAUGACCCAUGCUAUGGUAAUCACCGGUGUUCAUAUGCAAGAUGGUAAACCAGUUAGAUGGAGAGUCGAGAACUCUUGGGGUAAAGAUUCUGGUAAAGAUGGGUACUUGGUAAUGACCGACUCUUGGUUCGAUGAAUAUGUUUACCAAGCCGUUACUGACUUGAGCCAUGUUGACAAGAAGAUUGAAACCAUUUACAAGGGAGAAAUUUUCAAGACUUUUAACUUGUGGGAUCCUAUGGGUUCUUUGGCCUAA